AUGGAAUACGGCACCGGAGGUGGUGGUGGUGGAGGUGGUGGAGCUUCGUCAAGUGGCGGUGAUGCCGCAGAUGCUCACCGGAAGAAGAAACGUUUCCAUCGACAUACAGCUCAUCAAAUUCAAAGCCUUGAAUCUGUGUUCAAGGAAUGUCCACAUCCAGACGAGAAAAUUAGAUUGCAGUUGAGUAGAGAUUUGGGUUUGGCUCCUCGUCAAAUAAAGUUUUGGUUCCAAAAUAGGAGGACUCAAUUGAAGAGUCAACAUGAGAGAGCAGAUAAUAGUGCACUUCGAUCAGAAAAUGAUAGAAUUCGAUGUGAAAACAUCGCGAUAAGGGAAGCAAUCAAGAAUGUGAUAUGUCCAUCUUGUGGAGGUCCUCCAGUUACUGAAGACACUUAUUUUGAUGAACAAAAAUUGAGAAUGGAGAAUUUGCAACUAAAAGAGGAGCUUGACAAAAUUUCAAGCAUUGCUGCAAAGUAUAUGGGGAGGCCUAUUUCGCAACUUCCACCAGUGCAACCUGUUCAUUUGUCCUCACUUAACUUAAUGUCCAUGCCUAAUUUUGGACUAACUGGCCCUUCACUUGAUCUUGAUCUUCUCCCUGGAAGUUCGACGAGUACUUUUCCAAAUUUACCAUGUCCUACAUUGAACAUAUCAGACAUGGAUAAGUCCCUUAUGGCUGAUAUUGCUGGCAAUGCCAUGGAGGAACUGAUUAGGCUUUUACAAACUAACGAACCUUUGUGGACAAAGUCCACAGCUGAUGGCAGAGAUGUACUUGACAUCGAUAGCUAUGACCAAAUUUUUCCAAAGGCUAACAGUUCGUUGAAAAAUCCAAAUGUUCGUGUUGAGGCUUCCAGGCAAUCAGGUGUUGUGAUCAUGAAUGGUUUGGCCUUAGUCGACAUGUUCAUGGAUGUGAAUAAAUGGGUGGAAUUCUUUCCUACAAUUGUUUCAAAGGCAAGAACACUUGAAGUAAUAUCAUGUGGCAUGAUGGGCAGUCGGAGUAGUACAUUACAAUUGAUGUAUGAAGAACAGCAAGUGCUUUCACCAUUAGUCCUAACACGACAAUUCUACUUCCUACGGUUUUGCCAGCAGAUUGAGACGGGCUCAUGGGCAAUUGUUGAUGUUUCAUAUGAUAUUACUCAAGAAAAUAUGUACCCUCCCUCUUCUUGCAAGGUUCAUAAGCUCCCAUCUGGAUGCUUGAUACAAGACAUGCCCAAUGGUUAUUCCAAGGUAACUUUGGAACAUGUUGAAGUGGAAGAGAAAGGUUCAAUUCAUAGGCUAUAUAGAGAUCUUAUAUAUAGUGGUAUGGCAUUUGGAGCAGAGAGAUGGCUUGGUUCUCUUCAGAGAUUGUGUGAGAGAUAUGCUUGUUUAAUGGUUAGCGGCAACUCUUCUCGUGAACUUGGAGGAGUGAUUCCGUCACCAGAAGGGAAGAAAAGCAUGAUGAAAGUGGCUCGAAGAAUGGUGAGCAGUUUCUGUGCCAGCAUAAAUCCGUCCAAUGGACACCAGUGGAACAACAUUUCUACAUUGGAUGAAUUUGAAGUUAGAGCCACCCUUCAAAAGUGCACAGAUCCUGGCCAGCCCAAUGGUGUAGUCAUCAGUGCAGCUUCCACUAUUUGGCUCCCAGUUCCUCCACAACAUGUUUUCAAUUUCCUUAGGGACGAAAGGACUCGACCUCAGUGGGAUGUUCUUUCCAACCAAAAUCCAGUACAAGAGGUAGCUCACAUUGCAAAUGGCUCUCACCCAGGGAAUUCUAUUUCUGUGCUCAGGGCCUAUAACACUAGCCAGAAUAACAUGUUGAUACUUCAAGAGAGUUGCAUAGACUCAUCAGGUUCACUAGUAGUCUACAGUCCUGUUGAUUUACAAUCCAUCAACAUUGCAAUGAGUGGUGAAGACACCACCUACAUCCCUUUGCUCCCCUCAGGUUUCACAAUUUCACAAGACGGACGAGGGUCCAACGAGGCAUUAUCGAUGAAUAAUGGUAGUACCAUGAGAGGAGCAGCGGCAGGGGGGUCACUAGUGACAGUAGUGUUCCAGAUAUUGGUAAGCAGUUUGUCAUCAUCAGCCAAAAUGAGCCCAGAAUCAGUAAACACAGUUAAUAACCUAAUAGGCAACACUAUCCACCAAAUUAAAGCUGCCUUGAAUUGCUCCACUUCCUGAUCCAAAAUUUUGAAUUUAAUUCCGCUCCUGCUCCUGCU